AUGUCUGACUUCUCCAAGAUCGAAACUCUAAAGCAAUUGAACGCUUCUCUAGCUGACAAAUCUUACAUCGAAGGUACCGCUGCUUCUCAAGCCGAUGUUGCUACCUUCAAGGCUUUCCAAACUGCCUACCCAGACUUCGCCAGAUGGUUCAACCACAUCGCUGCUCUAGCUGACGAAUUCGAAACUUUCCCAGCUGCUUCUGGUGCUGCUGCCGAAGAAGAUGACGAUGAUGUCGAUCUAUUCGGUUCUGACGACGAAGAUGAUGAAGCUGCCGAAAAAUUAAAGGCUGAAAGAAUUGCUGAAUACAACGCCAGAAAGGCUGCUAAGCCACCUAAGCCAGCUGCCAAGUCUAUGGUCACCCUUGACGUCAAGCCAUGGGAUGACGAAACUGAUUUGGAAGAAUUGGUUGCUAACGUCAAGGCCAUCGCCAUGGAUGGUCUAGUCUGGGGUGCUCACCAAUUUAUUCCAAUUGGUUUCGGUAUCAAGAAGCUACAAGUCAACUGUGUUGUUGAAGAUGACAAGGUCUCUCUAGAUGACCUACAACAAACUAUCGAAGAAGACGAAGACCACGUCCAAUCUACCGAUAUCGCCGCUAUGCAAAAAAUUUAA